AUGGCCAACAUCGUCAACCGCCCCCUCAGCAUCUUCCGCAAACACGACUCGCCCAAGCCCCAAUCGCAGCUGCAACCACAUUCCCUACACACCAGAUGGGGCGACGCAGCCAUCUCCGCGCCAACAGACGGCUCCUGGACACAAUGCACUCCCUCCACCCUUCACCAAUCUUCCUCCUCGACCCGCAGGAGCCGGAGCACCUGCAAGAGCAAGCCAGCCUACGAAGUGGAAUACGCGCCUCGCACACAUCAACCCACCGAGUCACGCCCAAGCUCAACCCGAACCUUGACCUCGACCUCGACCUCGACCUCCUUCUCACGGCGUCUCUCAAUGCGUCUGACGCCUAGAUCCAAAAGCUCAAUCUCAGACUAUGACUCAAGCGAACGCCAACCCCUCGUCGAGCGACCGGCUCAGUUCGCCUACAGACCCAUCCGCCAGGAUUACCCCAGCGAAGUCGCCGAAAAGGCAGCCGCGGCGACUCGAACCAACAUCGCCAGGCGCGACGAGCCGUCUCCAUCUGCAUCUCCCGCUUCAUCUCUGGAGCCGACGCCAGAGCCAUCGCCAUCGUCGUCGUCGUCGCGGUUCCGGUAUAUACCUGCCCACCCGCGGUACGAGGAGGAAUUCGCUCGCUCUCGCCUGUCGCGGGCGUACUCGGUCUCUUCGGGGGGUAGUUUCCGAGCCGGGGACGAUGAAAACUGGGACGAGGGAUUCAGUCACAGCUGUGAUCGGGUGGACUCCGGCUCCUACUCUCGGAGGAGUGGUUCGUCGGCGUCUGCAGCGAAGAAACGGGUCUCUGCGAAACGCAUGACUAUGACUAUGGUGCCUGAUGCGGAGGAAAUUUAUGGAUGA